UCUUGUGUCUGUGGUCAGCUUCAGUUGGUCACUUCGACGCUCAGCAGUCUGACGGGUCGGUUCGUCGCAAAUCGCGCCUUUAGUUACGCGUCCGCGUCUUUGUUCCGAAAAGUCCAUCCGAAAGCAUCCCGACCCGUGCCCAGGGGGUUAUGCUCUUGGCGUUCUGGACGCUGGGAUUCCUACUUACCGAGCUGUUCAAUCCACGCAAAUUCUUCACCAAGAUGUUCCAUCGCAAAUCGUCCAAGAAGCGGAGAAAAUCGUUUCGAAAUCACGAUAGCGUGAAGGCUGCACCUCCGAAGGCGCUGGUGAAAAGAAUAUACAUAGUAACAUGGAACGUGAGCACAAAAUUCCCGGAAAACCUCUCCCUAAACAAACUGCUCGGCCUGCAGUCAUCCGAAGCAGACGCCGACCUUCCCGAUUUGUUCGUCAUUGGCCUCCAGGAAGUUAACGCCCAGCCACAGAACACGCUGUACAACCUCUUCAAGGAUGACAUGUGGACGCAAAAGUUCAAGGACCUGCUCAAGGAACGGGACUACGUGGUGAUCAAAACGGAACAGAUGCAGGGUCUGCUGCUGUCAGUAUUUGCCCGGCGGAAACACUUGCUCCACCUGCGCCAGGUGGAAACCGAGUACACCCGGACCGGCCUCGGGGGGAUUUGGGGUAACAAAGGUGCUGUUAGUAUAAGGUUAAACGCGUAUGGAACUUCAAUUUGCCUGGUCAAUUCCCACCUGGCUGCCCAUGACCACAUGCUGGAGGAACGGAUCAAUGACUACGAGAAGAUCGUCCAGGAGCACAAGUUCCACGUCAAGACGAAGGAAGCCAUCUUCGAUCACGACUACGUUUUCUGGUUUGGUGAUCUAAAUUUCCGACUGACCGGUGAGGCGACCACCUCCGCCGACGAAAUACGUGCCAUGGUGGCCAGGGACGAACUGAAGAAGCUCAUCGAGAAGGAUCAGCUGCUGUUGGUGCGGCGAGAAGGUCGAGCUUUCCAGAAGCUUCAGGAGCGGUUACCACAGUUUCCACCAACGUUCAAGUUCGAGCAUGGCUCCAACGAUUACGACAUGAAGCGCCGCCCUGCCUGGACCGACCGGAUACUGUACGCCGUCAAGGAGAACACCUAUCGGAAUGUGAAACUGUCCGUUGAGCAGACGUCCUACAAAAGCCAUCCCAGCUACAGCAUAAGCGACCACAAGCCGGUGACCAGUGAGUUCACCAUCAAGGUCAUCCGCAAGCCCCAGUACAGUGGUGAACGGUUCAAGAGACAUCACUACAAACGAUUCAGUUACCGGAUGGCGAUCGCCAACGGUACCGAGUCCACGGCCAGGUUGAGCUCGUUUGAUGAUUUGGUUUCCGAUUUGGUUGACGGUCAACAGGUUUACGAGGACACGACCGAGCGGACGAUCAUGUUCAAACCGAUCGAGCUGUGGCUGGUGGGUGAACCGAACACCAUUGAGUACGUCAUUCCGGCCGGGUUCGAAGAGGGUAACGCCGACUGGAUCGGAAUCUAUCGGGAGGACUUUUCCAGCUUGAGCGAAUACCUGGCGUAUGAGUACACCGAGACUUACAAAGAGAAGCAACACCAGAUGAACGAACAACAGCAACAGCACCAGAAGAACACCCGAACGGUGCAGUUGACCUUUUCGGAGAACGUCAACCUUCCAUUGGGCGUCAACUAUAAGCUUCUAUACUUCCAAAGUACCGGUAGUCGUGGCGUGACAGGUCUAGCCGGUAUCAGCAACACCUUCGCGGUGGAGAAGCGCUGUCCAUCGCCGACCUUCGACGACAUCGAUUGAUCCAAAAUGCGGCACCGUAGGGUCAGUUUAUCCACGGCAGCCGUGGUAAACUUUCAGCAAAACCCUAAGUAUAGACCACUGUAAAAAACAGGAGCGCACCAAUUAGCUGCUUGAACGCCUGGCGCACCUGAGUGUGAUAAUCGAUUAGUCACUAAAUUUAGUUGCUUUAGAGAAAAGAAUGAGUCAGAAACAAAGCGGGUCUUUCACCUCUGCAGCAGCAGUCCUCGAUGAUGAACAAGUGAGGCCUUAGAGCGCGCAAUUCCUGUACGAACCACCCCGCCAAGAAUGAUAUCAACCUGUUGCUAGAGCUACUGUUCACCACAUUUAGUGGUAGUUAUUUUGGGGUGGUUCGUGCAGUUGCUAAAUUGUACUAAAAUCAAUGCAAAGUGCUUGCUACCUUUAGUACUGUUGCUUAGAAAUCAAUUUCCUUCCAGAUUUGAGAUUUUCAAUCGAAACUACGAAAGCCAAAACCAUGAACUAUGCAAUAGUACUAAAACCACACUAGAUUGUUGAAAAUUGCAAAUUAUAUGCCAAAUUUGAUUUGUUUAAGUCACUUGCGAUAAUUCUUUGUUGGUUGUUGUAUUGUUAAGCCAAGUAGGUAAUUUUUAAGUUCUAGACCACCAUAUUAGGGACAAAUGGAGUAAUUCCUUUUUUCUGGGUGCAUUGAAUGCUUCUCUGUCCGGACGCCGGCAAAAUUUUAGUUUCAUCACACAUAAAUUUUACAACCAUACAAUAUGAUCAAACCAUUGUCUACAACUACGUAAACCAUAGCACCGAAUACAAAGUAUUGCAAACAGACAGAUUGAUAGCCGUUGAGAGCUUUUACCACUUUCCAGAUAUAGCUAAAGUCCAUUUCCAUGAAAUACAGUAACAAUAGUGAAAAUCUUAUGCCCAAACAACGAA